AUGGCCAUCCAAACGAAGGCCGCAAAGCUAUCCUCAGUCGCACUGAGGAUAAGCGCGUUCAUAUUCUUCAGACUUUUCCCUGCACACUUUGCCUCAGUUGCAUUUGCACUAUUCGCAAUCUAUGUUCCAUCAUACAUUGCGAGCUACUUCACAAAGCCAGGCAUUGGUGUCCUCAAGGAUGAGGUCGAUGUCACUCUCAAGGAGUCCACCAUCACAUCUGAAACCCCCCUAUUGACCGAGGAUGGUGUCGCAGUCGUACCUGAGCCUGAAGUGGUCACAGAUAUUGUCGCUAUCAAGGAGAACAUUGUUGUUGGAGAAAAGAUUCCUAGCAUCACCAACAUCCUUCUGUCAGGAGGUCCCAGUUCUAAGCGCCCAAUUGCGUCUUUCUUGACCUUCCUCCUCAACUCUAUUCUCAUUGGUCUGACAGCUGAUGCUCUGUAUCGUGCACGAUGGUAUCAUCCUGCCAACGAUUUGUCUUUUGUUCGACUUGGAUAUGUGUCACCAUCAGAGGCCAGAUUCGUGAUUCGCGAGCCUGAUCAGCUGCAAAUGCCCAUCAUUUUUGAGUACCAGGUCAAGGAUGAUGAGCCAAAGUACGACACCAACUUGUGGCUCACCGCGGGUUUCAUUACUUCAACGGAUAACAGCACUGACUUCACCCAAACUCUUACGGUGCCUCUUGAUUCAGCAAAGCAGAUGACUUACGAGUGGAGGACCUCCAACCAUCACACAGGCGAGUUUCGCUCCGCCCCCAAGGCCGGAGAGAUGCCCAACACCAAGGACGGCCUGUUUACGUUCCUCUCCACCUCUUGCAUUCUCCCUCGCUUCCCAUACAACCCAUUGGAUCACGCUCUUGCUAUUCCUGGACUGAAGAAUCUGGCAAACUUGCUGCCCAAGUUGGACCCUCAAUUCAUGCUGUUCCUCGGAGAUUUCAUCUAUGUUGAUGUUCCUGAACGAUUUGGAAAGACUGCCGAGGAGUAUCGCAUGCAAUACCGACAGGUUUACGCUUCCCCCGAUUGGGCUUCUGUUGCUCAGAACUUGAGUUGGAUUCACGUCCUCGAUGACCAUGAGAUUUCCAAUGAUUGGUCCUCAAACACAACUGGAAUCUACAGCGCAGCUGUCGACCCUUGGCAUCUUUACCAGGCCAACGUCAACCCGCCGAUCUCUAAGUCUGCAGGCCCUCUCAACGUGAGACACAAUGCCACCUGGUACGAAUUCACUCAGGGACCAGCCAGCUUCUUCAUGAUGGAUACUCGCAGCUACCGCUCCAGCAACGAUGCUCCUUUCAACGCGACGGACAAGACCAUGCUAGGCAAGGACCAGUUGGUUGACCUCCUGGCAUGGCUGGCACGUCCUAUGCCGCAAGGAGUACGAUGGAAGUUUAUUGCUUCUUCUGUUCCAUUCACCAAGAACUGGCCCGUCAACGUCAAGGACACAUGGGGUGGUUUCCUUACUGAGAGAAAGCAAGUUCUUGAGGCUAUGUGGGAUUCUGGUGCACGAGGCACUGGCGUUGUCAUUCUGUCUGGUGAUCGCCAUGAGUUCGCCGCCACUAGAUUCCCGCCCCCUGUUGACUCGCGAUGGCCACAGUCCGCUGCUGCUCACGAAUUCUCUACAAGCCCCCUUAACCAGUUUGCUUUUCCCGUCCCUACAUACAAGCAGACAGAUGAUGAGGAUAUCUUGAUGAACUACAUCCCUGGAGGCCAGUCUAAGUUUGGUUCAUUCUCGAUCGAGAAAUCUGAGGAUGACAGAAGCUCGCUUCACUACACCCUAUUCAUUGACGGAAACGAGUCAUGGAAGACAACCGUUGAAGCUCCGGACUCUCCCGAGCCAGUUCCCGAGAUUGUUCCUCCUUCUUUCUGGGACAAGAUUAAGUUCUUUUAG